AGAAACCAUUUCAAAGGAAGUUCAUGAUAACCAACAAGUCAUGGGGGUCAAGGUACUUGAUAACAGACCUGAAGAUGAAACCCAAGUUGCUCCAGUUAAAGAUGUCCAAGAAGUACAGAUUGAUGACAGAGAUCCAAACAGACAAACACAUAUCAAAACUCGAUAUGUGAGGGAUUCCAACCUCGGUAUCUCAGCACAAGCUCAACACCAAUCCAUUGAAGAACCAGUAGCCCACAAGCGGCGCCUCUUUGGGGGAGAGAGGCUUAAGUGGGUAGCCAAUCCAGUGUUGGCCAAGGAAGCAAAUGCCAAGUGGCGAAUGUGUAUUGAUUACACAAAUCUCAACCAGGCUUGUCCCAAAGACUGUUAUUCGAUGUUGAACAUUGACAAACUGGUUGAGGCAGCUUCUGGAAACAAGAGAUUAAGUCUCUUAGAUGCAUAUUCUGGUUAUCACCAAGUCUCGAUGGCUCUUGAGGAUGAAGGGCAGACCUCGUUCUAUGCCGAUGAUGAAAUCUAUUGUUAUGUUAUGAUGCCCUUUGGCUUAAAGAAUGUAGGUGCCACUUACCAAAAGAUGCUGACCAUCGUAUUCCGAGCUCAAAUAGGAAGGAAUCUGGAAGUUUAUGUUGAUGACAUCAUGGUGAACAGCCUGAAAGCUAAAGAUCAUUUAGUUGAUCUUGAUGAGACAUUCAACAACCUAAGAAAAAACAGAAUGCGGUUGAACCCAACAAAGUGCAUCUUUGGUGUGGAGUUUGGAAAAUUUCUAGGCUUUAUGGUAUUCAGGAGGGGGAUUGAGGUUAACCCAGAAAAGAUCAAAGUAAUAGCCGAGAUGGAACCACCGAGGUCAGUAAAGGAUGUACAGAGAUUAACAGGGACAGUGGCAGCUCUUCACAGGUUCAUAUCGAAGUCAACAGAUAAAUACUUGCCAUUCUUCAAGAUCAUGAGAUCAACAGCUCAGAAAGAUGAAUCUGGCAAGCAAAAGAAGUUUGAAUGGAAUUUAGAAUGCCAAGCUGCAUUCGCUGAGUUGAAGUCUUAUCUUAGCUCACCUCUUUUGUUGACAAAAGCUGUUAAUGGAGAGAUCUUUUAUUUGUACCUUGGCAUCUCAGAUGAAGCAAUCAGUUUUGUAUUGUACGGGAAGAAGGGAAGCACAUCAAGUAACAAAGGCUCUGAAGUUGGUGCAAUCCUAGUUGGCCUAGAUGGAUAUCAAAGUGAGCAUGCUUUGAAAUUCAAUUUCAAUGCAACUAAUAACAUGGCUAAAUAUGAAGCUCUGUUACUUGGCUUGCAACUGGCACGAGAGCUAAAAGUCACGACAAUACAAAUAUAUAGUGACUCACAACUUGUAGUUAAUCAAGUUAAUUCAGUCUGUGAGGUGGUUGAUUCUGUCAUGAUGAAGUAUGUAGCCCUGGUGGCCAAGCUGAGAUGCAAAUUUCAGAAAUUUUGUUUGAGCAAAAUACCCCAAGCUGAAAAUGAACAAGCAGAUUCACUUUCUAAGUUCGCCUUCGAUAACUCCCAAAGCUCCAUAUCAGUUUUCGUUGAAGUUCUAGAUGAGCUUAGCAUUCAAAAGCCAAAGAUGAUGGAGAUCAACAUAGAUCCGAACACGCUAAGCUGGACAUACCCAAUUGUCUCUUUUUCACGAGACAAAUCAGUGCUUGGAGAUAAGCAAUAAGAGAUGAGGUUAAGGAAGAAAGCGUCUCGAUACACACUUGUUGAUGGAGCCCCCUAUAAGAGAUCUUUCUCACUCCCUCUCCUCCGAUGCUUGAACCCUUAUGAAGCUAAAUAUGCACUUCGGGAGGUACAUGAAGGCGUAUGUGGAAGUCAUGUUGGCGCUAGAACCCUGGCUCAUAAAGUCCUCAGACAAGGAUAUUACUGGCCGAAUAUGUAUAAGGAUGCCACUCACUUUAUAUAGAGAUGCUCGAAGUGCCAAUUCUUUGCACACUUAACUCACCAACCAGCAGAAGAGCUCACCAAUUUGGUGGCAUCGUGGCCAUUUGCUUAGUGGGGACUUGAUCUUUUAGGCCCAUUUAUGAAAGGGGUUGGAGGUGUAACCCAUCUGGUCAUUGGUGUUGAUUAUUUUACAAAAUAGGUUAAAGUUCAACCAUUAUGUAGCCUUACCUCCAAAAAGGUCAAAAACUUUGUUUUCAGCUUAAUCAUCUGCAGAUAUGGGAUCCAGAAUCAAAUUGUGCCUGACAA